GUUAAAAGAAAUGUGAACGCAAAAAUGGCGUGCGACCUGAGUGUACGAUUAAAGAACGAUUUUACGUCUUAGGUUCACCAUUACUUCGUACUGGUUCGUCUGACGCAUCAAAGAAUAUACAGUGCUGUAUACAAUACUUUUUAAUAUGAAAGUCUCUGGAUAUUAGCCUUCAACGUCAACUUCCGCUGACGUUCUGUCAUGUCUGGAAGCACUUCUCUCACUCUUGUAUGUUAUCGUCUUAACCAUAUUUUAUGUUUGUAGCAGUACACUUUAUUUAGAAACAUGUCACGAACGAGUUAAUAUAAGUGAUGCAGCUGGAUCCCAGCUGUACUUAUUAUUUCGAAAAUAUCGACUUUGUCAUAACAAUUCUUGUGACAGUUUGGGUUUUGCCCCAAAUUUGUGAGUGUCAUGAAGAAUUUUUAUAGGAAAGUGCCAAGUUAGUUUUUUAAAAUGUCAGAACCAAGUCAUGACUUAGGGGAGGACCCUCGGCCUCCUCCUCCCCCUCAAAGUCAGGAUAUUGAGGGUCUACAACAACAAUUUGAACAACAGCAAACAUUAAUAUCUCAGCUCAAAGGUGCUAUCCAAAGUAAUGAGCAGCAGCUUGCAACUAAAGAAAAAGAAGUUGAGGUGUUUGCUGCUAAGUUAUCCGGCAUAAAAUCCCGCACAAAAGCGUCAAAACGCAGUUCCAAAAGUGGAGAUGCGAAAAGGACUAGUAAUGAAGAAGCAAAAGAAAAAAGAGGAGGAGAAGGUACAUCAACAUCUGUUGUUACAGAAGAUCCAGUGCAAGUAGAAAGUGUUGAAAGGGAAGGAGAAAGGAAAGAUGUUAAGAAAAGUGGGAAGAACUCUGAAAAAUCCAGACUGCUUAGAAAAAAACUUGAAGAAAAUAGAAUGAAAUUUGAACAAAGAGGUAAAGAAAUGUCUGAAAACAAGAAGGGCAUUGAAGAAAUGGUGGAAAAUUUACGGAUGCAGUUAGAGGAAAGAAAUCAAGUUAUUCAAACAUUACAAAAAGGCCUUGAAAGCAAUCCUGCAGUGCCUUCUGUGCCUACUCCAGCAGUUCGUCCUGAAAUUCUGCACGUCUCUCCUGAAAGCAAUGUUGGUGAGCAGACUGACCAAAGAGAAAUGUAUGCACAAAUUGUUUAUAAGGAUAACAAAAUUGUGGAACUCAACAAUCGUAUUAUGGAGCUUGAACUGAAUGUUUUGGAUUUACAAGAAAACUUGAAGGAAAAAGAUGCUGUGAUUGAUGCACGGACUAAAGCUAUAACUUUAAUGUCUGAAGAUAUGUCUCGUAAAAGCAAAACAACAUUAGACACAUUGGAUGACACUAGAGAGCAGAUGAGACUGAUGCAGAACAAUUUUAUAACCCUGGAAGCAAGGAUGAAAGAUGAACAAGAGCAAUUGAAGAAACACCUUGAAGAAAAAGAUCGAAAGUUAAAAUAUGUUGAAGAAAGUCACAAGAAACUUGAAAUUCUUCGAUUUGAUCUGACUACCAACAUUGCUGAACUCCAAGAAAAAGUUGUUCACUUACAAUCUAUGAAUUCUGCUCUUCAAAGGCAGAGCAAACAAAGAGAGUCUAGAGGAGAAAAGCAAGACCAAGUGGAAGAAUUAUUGCAUUCUCUCGAAGAAUCCAAUAAGCAGAUGCUCAAAAUUAAAGCUCAACACAAAAAUAAAGUUAAAAGUUUAACAAAACAGAUUGAGAGUCUUAAAAAGGUAUCGGAAUCAGGUGAUGAAAUACUGCUGCUUCAACAACGAGUUGCUGAACUGGAAGAGGACAAAGGUAACCUACAGUUACAUCUGGUAGACUUUGAUGAACUUAAAGCGACUGAACUCAAUUGGAAGCAGAGGAUACAAGAACUAGAAGAAAAAGUGAAACAGCAAGACCUGGAUUUAGAUUCUCAUGUCCGAGCUUUGUCUCGGUUGGAAAGUGAAAAACUUAACCUAAUUGAAGGACUUCAGUCUGAAAAGUCACAGGUUUCUGAAUUAGACAGGGAGCUGAAGGCAUUGCAGUUGAGAACUACUGAAAUAGAAAAUCUGAAAGUUACUGCAGAAAUGAAAAUGGUGGAGUUGGAAGAACUUGUUGAUAUUCUAUCACGUGAAAAGUCUGAUUUGCAACGAGAAAAUGAAUCGCUUACUAGCGACAGAAGUGAAUUGAAGCAGUUACUUGACACUCUGCAACAGGAGAAAGCAGAACUGCUUGAAGAAGUUACAACAUUGCAAACACUUUUGAAGGAAAAUAAUCCAGGCGAUACGGAUUCUAAUCGGUCUGAAUUUCAGAUGGUUAGUUCCAACAAUAGCGAUGAGGAAAAGUGGAAGCGAUUACCUACACCAGAAGAAACUUUGACGGAUGAAAAGCAUGUUAAAGAUUCUUCUAAUGUUGAAUUGUAUGUAAAAUUGCUUGAAUCUGAAUUGGAAGAUGCCCGUAAAGUAAUUUCCGAGGAAAAAGACACCAUCCACAAUUUAAAGCUCAAAUUGGAAGCCAAAGAGGAAGAAAUUGAAAUGCAUUUAGAAGUGAUUUCUAAAUUGGAACAGCUGGGAAGAGAAGUGAGUGCGCAAGGUAAUGUGAGUGACGUUAACAAAGUGUCAGAAAUAUUGAAAGAGCUGAAUGAAAUGGCUGGAGAUCUGGAGGAGUGGAAGAAGAGGUGCUCUGAAGUGGAAGACAGGUUGAAGUGUUUAGAAGAGGAGAAGGUUAAUUUAGAAAGAAAAUUAGAAGAAGUGACAAAUGAAAAUUCUCUCUUGAAUGCUCAGUUAUCUCUACAGAAACAGGUUUCAGAAGAUUUGGUAUCACAGGUAAGAGAGAAAAUUAAAAUUAUUUCUGAAAAAGAUGAAUUAAUUAAAGAAAUAGAAAAUAAAAAUGUUGAGGCAGUGGAGGAGCAGGAACCGUUGAAUAAAAGACAAUGGCCAGAAGACUCAAGUUCUUCAGAUCAAGCCCAACAUGAAAUAAUUUCAUUGAAAGAGCAACUGGAGAAUUUGAGGAAAGUGUGUGAAGAUUUCAACAAUGAAAUAGCAGUUAAGGAUUUAGAAUUGCUGAAACUUAGGGAAAUGAAAGAGAAGUUUGAUGUUGAACAAAAGUCUGCAUCCGAUAUGACCUUACGUGUUCAGGAUGAACUUCUUGAAAACCAAACAUUAAUAGAGACUCUGAAAAAUGAAUGCCAAGAGCUGAAAUUUAACCUUGAAAAGUUACACACUAGUUUUGAAGAAAGAUCUCAACCAAUGGAAGCAUUGCAAGAAAGAAUUCAACAGAUGGAGUUAUUACUUAAUGACAAGGAUACUCUUCUUUCAGAGAAAGAAGGGGAACUUGAAAAAUUGAAUCAGAAAUUAAAGACUCUUACCGAUAAAGUUAAAAAGCUAGCAGUUAACUUGAAAGCCAAAAAUGUCGUGAUUCAAAACCUUGAAGAGAAAAACCAAAAAUCUACUCAGGAAAUUCAUGAAAAAGAAGAGAUAAUUUCAAAAUUACGUCAAGACAAGGAAAAUAUUUGUGCAGAAUUAGAAUCGUGGAAAUUUCAGUGUGAGGAAAAAGAAUCCAAUAUCUCGACUCUGUCUGACAAAAUAGAGUCAAAUUUGCAAUUUCAAGAUAGUAUUAUUGGGCAAUUGGUUUCUCAAAACAAAGAUCUACAGUGCGAUUUAAAUGUGACAGUUGAUAAAUUUCAAGUAGAAGCAAGUCAUGCUGAUGAAAAUAGGGUUGUUUUAAUUAAUCAGAUAUUGCAAAUGGAAAAGGAAUUAAGUUCUUUGAAAAUUGCUUUGCACAAUAAGGAUGAGGAAAUAGUGUUCUUUAAAGAAGCUUGUACAAAAUUGCCGGAUCUUGAAGAAGAAAAGAAAUCACUUGAAGAAAAUAAAGCACAGAUAGAAGAGAAGAAUCAAGAGUUGAUUAAAGAGAUAUUAAAGAAGGAGGAUGAAUUAACUGAACUUUCUUUAAAAUUGGAUGAUCUUUCUAAAAGCCUGGAAAUUAAAAAUGAACAUAUAGAAAUGGGUUCUAUUAAGUUCAAAGAGUUAGAACAAAUAAUUGUGACAAAAGAAAUGCAAGUGACAGCAUUAGAAGAUAGGCUCUCCAAUCUUCAGAACUCCUGGUCUGCUUUGGAAGCAAAGUUACAAGAACGUGAAGCCUUUAUAGAAUCUCUUGAACAAGAACUAGCCAAGAGCCAUGCUUAUCAGCAACAUUUAGAAGAAGGCCUUUCGUCUAUAGAAGAACGUAGAAGGUCAAUUGAAAAUAAAUUUGCUGCCCUAGGAGAACAGCUACAGGAAUCUGAUCGGAUUAAGGUAGAAGCAGAGGAACAUGAAGGAGAACUCGCAUACAGACUAGCAGCACUGGCUUCAAGUGAAGAAGUUCUUCGUAAAAGGCUGGAAACUCUGAAUGAGAACUGUGUUGAGUUAAGUCAAAAAAUAUCAGAACUCACUUUGGAGAAUGAAGAAUUGAAGAGAAAUAUCGUGAAUGCUGACAACAAUUUCAAGCUUGCAAAUAAAGAAAUUGAAAGGUUGUCACUUUGUGAAGCUUCCUAUCAACAUACCUUGGAAACAAUUGAAAAACUUGAAGAAGAUUUGAAAAAACGAACCAUAGAUUUUGAGAGAACAAUCAGGGAAAAAGAGCAACAGUCGUCUCAAUAUGCAGAAAAUUUAGAAUUAGAUAUGAGAAACCUCAACAAGCAGAUAGAAGUUUUAGAAACAGAGAAACGAUCAGUAAUGGAGCAUUGUGAAACUCUUAAUGAUAUGAAAAUGAAUUUAGAAGAUGAUAUUGAAACAUUGCAGGAGAAAGUUGAUGCUUACCAAUCUAAGAUAUUGGAACUUCAAGGUAUAAUCCAGCAAAAGGAAUCAGAAUGGAAUUCUUUGAUGAUAGUAAAACAAGAUGAGAUAGUUGCGUUAAAGAAAACGAUAGAAAAAUUGGAAAGUGAAUUAAGCAACACAGUUAGUAUUCCUCGUGAUAUCCAUUCCGUAGCUGUGCAGACACAUGAUAAUAGUCGUGACAAUAGCAGUAGUAUUGAAGAUCUGAAAUCAGAAUUAGAAACUGUAUCUAAACAGUUAGCUCAGCGAGAGGAGGAAUUACUAUCUUAUCAAAACAGAUUGUUACAGCUGCAGUUCAGUAGUGGUGGAAGCAGAAGUGUGGAGUCAGGUGAAACAGAGAGAAGGGAAUUAGAGAGCUCAGUAAUGGAAUUGCAGGAAAAACUUAGCCAUAAAGAUGAUCAAGUGGCAGAACUCAGAGCUGUGUUGGAAACAGCAAAUGCUGAAAUGAGUAAUAUGCAAUUUCAGUUGGCAAGUUCAUGCAAGAAGAUUGAAGAAAUGUCUAGCGAAAUGUGUAAUUUGCAUGAAAUUGUAAAGAGCAAGGACAGUCAAUUACAAGAGCAAAUGGAACAAAUUUCUCAUAUUACUAGUUCAAAUAGAUUAUCUCAACAACUUGAAUAUAUUAACUCUGAUUAUCAAAUGCAGUUAUCCACUCUGCAGCAACAAAAUAGUCAGUUGCAUCAAGAAUUGGUGAAGGAAAAAGCCCAAAAUGUGGUUUCUGAAAUUCUCUCAUCUGCUCAAAAAUUUGUUGGUGAAAAUAGAAAUGUUCAAGAAGACAAAUCCUCAUCAAUACCAAUUGAGGAAAGUAAGGUACAGUUUGAUGAUAAUGUCACUUGUAUAUCUUUCCAAUCAGAUAGUGAAUUUAUAACAGGUGGAGAAGAGCAGAUGUCUAAACAAAUUAUUCCUGAUUCUCAUGCUCAAAACAAAUCUGACAAAACAAAGAAUACUACAAUGUUCUCUCCUGCAGUUUAUUUCCCAGACCCAGAAAUCUCAGAAGUUGAUUUUCCUACCAUCCAGAGCAGUGACUCUAACAACACACAAGAAUUGGUGGAAAAAUUGGGAGAUUUAAGGGCAGAAUUAGAUGUUUUGAAAAAUGAAAAGGCACGUGCAUCAAUGAAAGUUCAGGAAUUAGAAAUGGAAGUGAACCGUUUGCUGGAUGUUGAAAAGCAGUUACGUGAAACACAAGGUAAACUUGAAAUGUUAAUUGCGAGUCAAAGUAAUAGGGAAAUGGGAAAUGAGCAGUGUAGCAAAGAAUCAUCAGUUGAGAGUGAGUGUUUAAGUGAAAAGAAGGAAUGUGCUAUAGAAAUGUCUCAGAAAGAAGAUGUGAAGUUUUCUUUUGUGGACAUUCCACAUGAAAAUGUGCAGCAAGCACCUACGUCUCAACAAUUUGAUUUGAAUGAGCCAGCGUGGGUGAGUGAAGUAUUAGAUGAAGAAGGAUGGGGCUGGGGAGCUGAAGAAGCCAGGCUGGAAGAGGAGCACAUGGAAAGACAGAAAGCUGCCCUCAGUUGCAGCUCUGCACCAAACGAGUUGCAGCAGCAGGUGACUGAGUUGGAAAAUAAAAUUGAUUUACUGGAAAAAGAGAAAAGCAAAAUUUCAGAGGAAUUGAAAGCAUCUCAGAUUCGAAGUGGUAAAAUGCUGAAAAAACUGAAGGAUUUGAAGUUAAAAAAUGAGAAUUUGAUGCGUGAAAAUCAAGAAUUUGCUUUGAAGAAAUCUGAAUUUGGAGGUCUUGAUUUAGCAAUAGAAGAGGAAUUGAAAAUCAGAAUUGAUAGCUUGGAGAAAGAACUGAAGGAAUGUAAAGGUGAAAGAGAUGCUGUUAAUAUUGAUAAAGAAGGAUUACAAAGAAGAAUUGAAGCACUAACAGCAACAAAUGAAAGGUUAGCUGAACGAGAACAACAAGGAUUAGAUAUUGAAUUUUGGCAAAACAAAAACAAGGAACUCGUCAACCAGGUGGAGAGUUUACAGUGGCGGAUUGAAGAACUCCAAGAAGAGAAAGAUAAUGAGGACAGGGCAAAUAAAGGAGUCAAUCUUCAAGAGCUUCAAGAACAAAUUGCAGCAUUGGCUACAGAUAAUGAGCAGUUACAGAGCAUGUUGGAAGAGCAAAGAAAUUUGAGAGUAGGUGCAGAAGCUGCAUUGAAAGAUCUCCAACAGUUCACAUCAUCAAAAGAAGCUAAUUUAAUUCAAGAAGCUGAUAUAAAGGAAAAUUACCUGGUAUUAAGGGAAAAUUAUGAUAUGUUAUGCAAAGAAGUUGAAGCUCUGCGGACUCACACUGGAAAUGAUUCUUUAAUAGCGGAAAAUGCUGUUUUGCGAGAAAACUAUGAGGUACUAAGAAGAGAAUUAGAGCAGUUACGUUCUAGCUCUAAUAGCGAUAUUAUUGCAGCUGAGUAUUCAUCUAUGCGAAAUAAUUAUGAGGCCAUGUACAAUGAAUUGGAGGAUCUACGUUCAAGAGUUGAUAUGAACAACACCUUACAAGCAAAUUAUGAGUCGCUGCAAAUGGCACACGAAAAGUUAAUAAAUGAAAUGAACCAUAUGCAGAGAGAAUAUUACAGUAUAACUGAAAAGUAUGAAACUAUUUUGAAAGAAAAGACUCAAGUUGAAGGUGAACUCUCAGAAAAGUCAAAAACAAUGCAAGCAAAUUAUGAAAUGAUGCUGAACCAGCUAGGAAAGGAAAAAACAGAACUGCUGAAGAAUUAUGAAACAAUUUCAUUAGAAUUUUCUUCAGUAUCAGGUAAAUUGCAACAAAUGAAAGAUGAAAUUGGAAAGUACAAAGAUAUUGUAGCUAAUAUGACCCAUGAGGAGGAAAGAUUAAAUGCAAUGAAUUCUGCUUUAAAUGAGGAAAUACUACAUUUGAAAGAUGAAAUUGAAAAGUAUAGGAAUAUUGUUAGUACCAUGACUCAAGAGCACGACAGAUUGAAGGAAGAUAAUCGAUCUUUGAAUGAAAAGCAUGAAACAUUGGUGACUUCAAGCUCUGUGCCAGCCAUUAAACCAACUGAGGAAUCCAAAGUGAGUGUUCUCUUCUCUGAAGAAACAUUUGCCCCAAUUCAGUUGUUUUCAAAAAUAGAUAAAGAGACUGUCACUGAUGUGGUAGAAAAGAGUUGUGUUGAAAUUCAGGCCCAUGAUCCGAGAAUGGAAAAUGAUCUAGAAAAAGAGAUAAUAGAAUAUAAAAGCCAAAUUCUGAAACUUGAAGAAAUGAAAAAACAGAAAAUUGAGGAACUUGAUGUUCUUCGAACCAUGUUUUCUAAUGAACAAGAGGAGUGGGCCAACAUUGAACAGAAUCUUACUCAGAAAAUUGAAGCAUUAGAAGCAGAAUUGGGAGUGAUGAAGGAAGCUGUUAAAAGAGAAUCAGAAGUGAGAGAAAAUCUAAUGUUGAAAGAACAUGAGUUGUCAAACAUUAAAUCUCAACUAUCAUAUAUGGAAGAGGAGUUAACAAAAUCUCAAGAAAAAGUAGAAGACCUUGAAGCUCAGUUGUUGCAGAAAGAGGAAGAAUUUCAGAGCGUAAAUAGAAAUUCUGAAAAUCAAGAGAACAUGAUUCAGCAAAUUAUUUAUUCAAAAGAGCAGGAACUAAAUAAAUUACAUGAAAGUUUGAUAUUAAAGCAACAAGAGCAAGAAGAGCUUUUAAUAAGUAAAGAGAAAGAUAUUGAAAAUCUAAAACUUCAAAUUGCAGAUCGUGAAAGCGAGAUCAGAAACGUGAUUACAAUGAAAGAUGACGAUGUAGAAAACAUAAAGAGACAAAUGUUUGAAUUAGAAGAAAAGGCACAAGCGUUGAUGAGGGAAAACAAUUCAAAUAUUCAGGUUCUUCAGGAGCAGCUUACACAAAAUAAUAUAGAAAUUGAGAACCUUUCUCAAGCGCUGAAAGACAAAGAACUAACUGUUAUUGAACUUCAGGAGGCUCUCGAAGCAAGGGAGGAUGAGAUAAGAGAAGCUGUGAUACAGAUCAGGGAUAGAAAUAUAGAAAUCCAGAGACUGAAACAAUCUAGUGGCAUUGCAGUUGAUGGUUCUUCAGCUGUGCAGGUUGUAAAAGAUUCACAAACAGCCAACGAUAAUCAGUUGGAAUCUAGUCAGGAAAAUGAACUGGACCUUGCUUUGUACAUGUUGCAUCAAAGGGAUGUAAGGUGUGAAGAACUCACGUUGGAACUAAUGCAGCUGUUAGAGGAACGUGACACUUUGCAAUUGCGCCUAUCUACUGCGUUGCGGAUUAAUGAAGAAUUGCGCCAUAAAAUAAGCAAACCUUCCAAUACUUCAUCUCCCUUGCGAACGGUACCAAGUCAGACUGAGCUGGAAUCCUUGCCUAACACAUCAGAUAUACCAGAAGCAAGUGAGAAAACAGUCACUCCAAUUGACAAUGAUCUUAUUACUAGUGAAGCUGAAGGACCAAGAGAGGAUCUAAAAGUCCUAGCAGACAAAUUAUCUCAGCUUCAUAGUGUAGAUUAUCGCAAAGAUGUUACUCUCCAAGAUGAACGAGAGCAAAGGCAUAGUGAACAACUUAUGUUAUUGCAACCGAGAGGGCCUGGUGUUUUGGUUGAAUCGAAUUACACCCUAUCUCGAGAUGUUCAGAGUCCAUCUACAGUUUUGCUUAAUUGGAUAUGGGGACGCAGUACUCCGAAAGUGAUGCAUAUUUGAGAAGGAUAUGCAAUAAAUGAAGAGUGUAGUGCAAGAUGUAUUUAAUCUAUAGAUUACAUUUGUAUUUCAUCUGCAAUCUUCUUCUGCUGUUGGUACAAUUAAAUAACAAGAACCCCAGGGCCAGCAGGUAAAUUUUUAAUCGAUUGCUCUUGGUAGAGACAUGCUCUUGGCAGAGACAAUUGGUGCAUUUUAAUUUAAGUACAGUUUUUGCAGUACUCCUUACAUAUUAAUAAAAUAAAAUUUAAAAAAAUUAUUGCACAAGUAUUGUGAGUCAGAAAGCAAAUAAUGAAAAGUACGUACAGGUGCUAGCCAAUGCUUAGAGGACACACAAAUGAGAAAAGAUGUUAAUUAAUCUGUCUUGUGCUUUUAUAUUAUUUGUGGAUGGAUGUAUUGAAAGUGCAAUAACAGGUGUGAUAUUUUAAAAAGCAAAAAUAAUUUGGUUCUUUGUGGAGUUAUGUUGAACAACAAUGACUAUUCUGUUUAUUUACAUUACAUGGUCAAGUUUUAGCUUGUUAGUUAGUUGAUUGAAACUUCCUGUAGUAAAAUUGUUUUUGCUUUAUAACAAGCUUAUUUUUAUAUUUCUUAAUUUGUAAGGAAUAUUUGUGUUGCUAAGUUUAAAAGUCUAUAAGAAAUAAUAUGUGACCAUAUGCAAAUGAUACACAGCUUUACUAAGUUUCAUUAUGAGCAUUAAUGGCAUGAACUUUGUUUGACAAGCUCAUUUGUAGCAAAUCGUGAAUUGGAAAUAGACAAUAUCUUUCUUUCUGAUAAUGAAUCUAUGUUAAAAAUCUUAUUUUCAUUUCUUAGUGAGAUUUCACAUUCAUUUUUUAUUGGAAUAGAGAAAUAACAAAACUUUCUAUUGUGUGAUUUAGUAGUUUUUGCACAAUUACCACACAAUUGUAUAAAAUAUAUCACUGCUCAGUAUUGUAAAACUGAAAUACAGCAUUCCUUGACAAAAUUUUGUUAUUUCUCUCAUAUUGUGUUAUUUAUGAUAUUUGUUUUGUUGGAAAGCAAUUUUAAACACUUUUGAAGAAACAACUUUACAUUGAAAUAGUGUCUUCCUCAUUGAAGAUCAUAAUAUUUGCAGAACGCCUUUUGCUAAAGUGAAAUGCCUUCAAUGUGAAUAAUGAAAUUGUACAUAUAUUUUGUGGCGACUUCAAGUUGUAAAUGUACAUACUGUUGGAAACGAAGGAUAUGAUUAUUACACCUUUGUAAAAAAACUGUUGAUUUCUUGUAAAUAUUCUAGACACAAUUUGUUUGAAAUAAAAUUAUCAAUUUUUCAAAAA